UUUAAAUUUAUUUUAUACACUUUAAACAAUGAAAUUAAUCCAUUAUUUUAUAAUUUUAAAAACUAUUGGACUCUGUGAAUGUAAGGAUUAUACAAACUAUGCAUUAUUCAAUGUACUACCAUUGGAGAGAUACCAGUUAGAAUUUUUGCAAAAUUUGGAAAAACUAAAGUACAUUAAUGUAAUGUUUUGGACGAAACCUUCAAGGCUGCAUAACCAUGUCCAGAUUUUAGUAAGCCCGAACGACAUUAAUCUAUUCAAAGAGAGGUUAAACCACUUUUCUUUGAAGGAGACUAUUCUAACCAACAACAUACAACAGUUGUUCAACACUCAAAGAGUGACCAGUUAUACAAGAAUGAAAGUUGAAUCAUUUUCAUGGAACACAUACCACAACCUUGAGGGAAUCUACCAAUGGAUGACAGACAUUGCAACAGAAUAUAAUGAUAAAGUAAAUUUGACUGCUGUCGGUCUAUCGGCGGAGGGUAGGGAGAUUUUAGCAAUCGAAUUCUUCAAUCCAACAGCAAAAAGCACGGUCAUUAUCGAAGGAGCAAUGCAUGGCAAUGAAUGGAUAACGACUGAGUUUGUGACAUAUUUGAUAUAUCACAUAGCAAAAGCUGAGAAAGCCAGUUAUAGAAAGUUGCAGCAAGUGGCUAAAAAAUUUCGCUGGAUUAUGAUACCUGUAGCCAAUCCUGACGGUUUUGUCUAUAGUAUGCAAAGUGAUCGUUUGUGGCGCAAAAAUAGAAACCAUCUCGGCACUCAUGGUCAAUUUGGAGUAGAUUUGAAUAGAAAUUUUGAUUACAACUUUUGCAGUCAUGACAGUAGCAAUAAUUCAAAUCACGACAAUUACUGUGGUCCAAAACCGUUUUCCGAACCUGAAACCCAAGCCAUCGCUAAUUAUGUGAAGAAGAUACAGAACAAAGAAAAACUCAAUUUUUACUUCUCUUUUCAUGCCUAUGGACAGAAAAUUAUCGUACCAUAUUCGGAUAGGAUCCAACAUCUUGAAAACUUUAGUGAAAUGGAAAAUUAUGGGAAACAAGCAAUAUUGCAAAUGUACAAAUUGUACGGCAUCAAAUAUGGCAUCGGCACUAUUUACGACACGUACGGGUAUAGAUCGGCUGGUGACAGCGUGUCGUGGGUGAAAAAAACAUAUAAAGUGAAGUAUGCAUUAACAUUCUACCUUCGGGAUAACGGAACAUACGGAUACGCGCUACCUGCAGAAAUGAUUCAACCAGCUUGCAAGGAAAUGUUGGUAGGCCUGGUGGAGCUCAUGACGGCUGAAAAAAUGAAAUUGAUUAUUACAAUUGUAAUUUUAAUUUUCUUGGCAAGCGAAUGCUUUUCGAAAAAGUAUCACAAUUACACUUUGUACAGAGGGAUUCCAGUCUCGGAAAAACAUUUAAGCUUUUUCAAGAAUUUAAGCAAAUUGUAUGAUGCGAACUUCUGGAGGAAGCCUGGGCUACUACAUAGGCCAAGCGAAUUUACUAUACCACCAGAGAAGAAGAUGUUUUUUACUCACCACGCUAUGAGGGAAGGGAUUUAUUACACUACGAUUAUGGAAGAUGUUCAGAGCGCCUUUGAUAUGCAAACCGUAAAGUCCUACAUGCGGCGUAACAUGGCUUCCUUCGACUGGAUGAACUACUUCCGGCUUGAGGACAUUUACGAUUGGCUAAAGGAUCUAAGCCAUCAGUAUCAUGACAGGGUUCAUAUAAAGCCCAUCGGAAAAUCGCUCGAAAAUCGAGACAUUUUAGCCGUGGAAGUUCGUCUGCCUCAUUCAAAAAACAAACCAAAGGUAAUAGUCGAAGGUGGUAUUCACGCUAGAGAAUGGAUUUCGGUGGCGUUCGUGACGUAUUUUCUGCAUGAAAUUGUAUUGUCUCCCGAAUCCAACAAUACAGCAUUGAAGUCGGCUGCAGCAAAAUUCAAAUGGCAUUUUGUGCCUGUACUCAACCCUGAUGGAUACGAAUAUACCCAUGUAAAGGAUCGUUUGUACAGAAAAAACAUGAAUGGUGUAGAUUUGAACAGAAAUUUUGGAAUCGAAUUUGGAGGUGUUGGCACAAGUUCUGAAAAGCACACAGAGAUCUAUUGUGGAAAGUACGCGUUCUCUGAGCCAGAAUCCGCAGCGAUGGGGAAUUAUGUCAAAUCCUUGAGCAGCAAUUUGCAGUACUAUUUCGCUUUCCACUCCUAUGGCCAGUACCUGAUCAUACCAUACGCGUACUCGUCGCAGCACUUGGAUAAUUUUAAUGAAGUCCAUAGAAUGGGGCUAUUAGCGGCUAACAAAAUCGAAAAGAGGUACAAGACAAGGUAUACUGUUGGCACAGCUUACGACACAGUCGGUUACAUGACCUCUGGUGUCAGUGGAUGUUGGGUUAAAAAAACUUUCAACGUCCCAUACGUAGUAACGUUUGAGUUACGCGACAAUGGGAGGCACGGUUUUGCGUUACCCCCAAAAGAGAUUCUGCCUACGUGUUAUGAAACUAUGGACGGUGUUCUCUCCCUACUCAACCCGACCUUGAACGAGAAAUACGAGGAAGUGCGUGUCACUAAAGGGGAGGCUAAGAUGGAUAAGAUGAUGGACAGAUUUGUCAUUUUUUGGAAUUUUUUGUUCUUUAUUAUAGUGCGUUUUUAUUAAUCUAUAUUAAUAAACUCUUUCUAUUUUUA